AUGGCUGUCGACACGAGCUACCUGACCAGCCAGGUCAAUAAUAUUGUCCAGCAGCUACAUGGGAUCUUCGACCAGAUUGGAGUCCCCACCCAUGAGCGCGACUCUCGCGAAGCAGAGCUGUUCAAUGCUCUGUCAGAAACACUAAACAACCAUCUCAAGCUGGUUGACGAAGAAAAAGAUAAGAUGACACAAGAAGCGCAGCGCCUCAUCACAACUAUUCAACAAAUGGAGGCAUCUCUAGGUGAUGAGCGGGCCAAUGGCCGGUACGAGCUCAAUCGUGAUGACCUGCACAUCACCUUCCCGCUCAACCGGUGCAUCGCAUUUCUGCGCGAGAAGAACGAGGCGAUGACCAAGCUGCACCGUGAGCGCUUUGAACAGGUUAAGAAACUGGUCGACGCUCUCGAGUCCUAUUCAUCUCACCUAGAGGCUUCAUUCCUUCAAAUUGAAUUGCCACCCACCGCACCGGGCUCUGUAAUUCCUCCCAGUUUCGAUCUCUCGCCCGCCUAUGUGACCUCCCUGGACUCCGAAUUCUCACGGGUCUACGAAGAAUACCACCGCCGCAUUUCGUUUGUCCAGACAACAUCCGAGGAGAUCAUCAAGAUGUGGGCUGAACUUGGUACCCCUCAAGUGCAAACCGAUUCCAACAUUGUCAAAUACUACCGUGAAUCACCGGAGCAGCUUGGACUUCACGAAGCCGAUCUGGCUAGCCUUAUGACCAAGCGCGAUAAGCUGGUGGAAGAGAAGAAGGGGCGCGAGCGCAAGAUCAAGGAGCUCCGCACAAGCGUCGAGAGCCUCUGGGAACGAUUCGGGGUUGAAGAAUCCGACCGCAAAGCUUUCCUUUCUGCCAACCGUGGCUGUGGUCUCCGCACUAUCAACGAAUUUGAGGAGGAGCUGGCUCGUCUCAAUGAAUUGAAGAGACAGAAUAUGCACUUGUUUGUCGAAGAUGCCCGCUGCCGUCUGCAGGAGCUCUGGGACAGCCUGUACUUCUCGGAGGAGGAGAUGCUCGAUUUCACUCCUGCCUUUUCCGAUGUCUGCAGUGAUGCUUUGCUCGAGGCUCACGAGGCCGAGAUAUCCCGCCUGGAAACACUCAAGGACCAGCGCGCCCCGACCCUUGAACUGAUUGAGAAGCAUCGCGGCCUUUUGGCUGACCGCCACGCUCUGUCUGCUUCCAGCCAAGAUGCCUCUCGGCUCAUGGGCCGCGGAAACAAGGGUGAGAAGCGUGAUCCUGGCAAGCUCCUCCGUGAGGAGAAGAUGCGUAAGCGGAUUGCGAAGGAGCUGCCCAAGGUUGAAGCCGAAUUGCGCAAAGAGCUCGAGCAUUGGGAGGAUGAGUUUGGUCGACCCUUCUUGGUUCACGGUGACCGUUAUCUCGAUAGCUUGACUCCUGCAGUCACCAAGCCGCCCCCUCGCUCCAAGACCCCUUCUGCACCUCCGUCUAUCACCAAGUCCCUUUCCAGUGCCACCAAACGAGAUCCCAUUUCCCGCCCUGGGAGCUCCAUGCGUGGACCCCCUCCACCUCGAUCCUCCACCAAGACCCCGACGAGCAAUGGGCCUGUGAAGCACAACACUAUCGGUUACUCUGGAGCUAGUCGCGCUGGAGCCAGAUCACCUUCCAAGCUUCCUGCCCGAGCUCCCUUGAGUAACGUGCCCUAUGGGAGCAACUCUCCCGAACGACGCACUGGACCUGGCUCGUACUCGUCCAGCACAGUCAAUGGUAAGAUGCCACCUCCUCGUGGGCCUCCACCCAGAAUGCGCGCCUUGACCGUUGAGUCCAAGGAGCGUGGCAGCCACACUAUGGAGCCCCCACGCUGCAACAGUGCGAUGUCAACCGCUUUUGUCCGGCCUGUGAGCCCUGAGGAUGUCUACGACGACCGCCAGCGGUCUUUCAUGAGCGCUUCUGUCAUGUCAAACCACCGGUCUACUGGUUUCUCCCACUCCUCACAGUCGUCUCAAUCGUCUCUGAACUCCUCGCUGCAAGGAUUCCCGCGCGUCAACCCCUACCUGUCACAAGCCCCUCCCCCACCUGCCCUUCGCCAGACCUCCAACUCAUCCACAGUCAUGACUGCUACUUCCGGGUCUGAAAACUGGGAGACCUUCGAUGAUGCUUCCGGAUCCGAGGCAGAUGCUAGCGAUGUCUACUAUUCUAAGCUGCGGGCAGCACAUGGCAAGCGGUUUGCUCCCGAAGAUGCUGUGGAUUUGACUGGGAAGAAGUCCAAGGGCAUCCGCAGCGUCAGUCCUGAUGGGCCCCAUCCCGGCCAGAUGAUCCGCGUCGCUGGUAGCGACACUGAAUGGACCGACGAUUAUGAGACCUACUGA